CACUUGCCGUCUUCGAUCUUCUAGCUGUGAAAUUAAAUAUGAAUGCGAUCUCAGCCGUGUCGCAUAGUCUUCUGCUGCAGGCCUUUGGCAAGUCCUCAAGUCGUCGAAGUGCCGCCACAGAAAGACGCGGAAAUGGUGGAGGGAGUCUAUCGCCUUUCGCCUGCCUUAAGCGAGCUACGCCCACCGAGUUUGACAACCUGGAGCAGGACUACCAGCUAGAUGCAUCGUCGCAGAAAAUGAAUCUGGCCACUGAGGUAUUUCGAAAUGAGGUUGGCAAGCCGCAGCUGUUUCAAGCAGUAAAAAAGGCAGAAAUCAUCAUUGCGUGCGAUGAUUUCCUCUCAAGGGAACCGCUUCCGCCACUGGGGAAUCCAGAGUUCCUCAAUGCAGCCACUGAACUGGUCCUCGGAAAGUCUUCUCCAGCACAAACACAGGGUCGAGUGGUUGGCAUUCAGACAAAGAACAACAUCGAUGGACUGGCCCUGGCCGCACAGUUUCUGCGCCAGAAGACGACGCGGGACUUUUGUCUGCUCGCCCGUCCCUGCAACACUAUUUACUGGAAGAUAUUCAAGGCGGCGGGCUUCAAUUGCCAAAGGUACCAAUACUACAGCGACACCAAAGGGGAGCUGAACAUCUACGGAUUGGUGGCCGAUUUAAUGACAGCACCCGACGAGGCAGUGGUCGUCUUGGAUGCAUGUGCGCAGCAUCCCACCGGCCUGGAUCCCAGUACGGAUGAAUGGAAGUUGCUGCUCCACAUUGUCAAGUGCAAGAAGAUGCUACCCUUGAUCCACUUGGAGGCUCCGGGCCUGGCCAGUGGUGAUCCCAACGAGGAUGCUUGGCCAGUCCGAUACUUUGCGGACAGCGGCAUCGAUUUGCUCUGCUCUCAGUCCUUUGUUAAGAACUUUGGCCUCUACAAUGAAACAGUUGGCCAACUGAUGGUUGUGCUGGCAAAUUCUGCCCAGUUGAAUGCGGUUCGAGGACAAUUUGAAUCGAUGUUAUUAGACAAAAAUGCCGAGUGCUCGUCGGUAUAUGCUAGUCGAGUUGUGGCCAAAAUUCUUAGCGAUGACAAAAUCCGCUCAGAUUGGAGCCAAACCCUAAAGGAGAUGCACCAAAGGGUCUUUCAAUUGCGUGCCGAUCUGAGCAAGAAGCUAGCAGAACUCAAGACACCCGGCAACUGGCAGAACCUGGUGGAACAGUGCGGAUAUCAUCUGUACUCGAAUCUAAGCCGCUCUCAGAUCCGGCAGCUGAAGGACAGACACAUCUAUGUCCCGAGCUCAGGACGCAUGAACCUCACAUCAGUACAGUCCACAAAUCUGGAUCGCUUAGCAGCCGGCCUCAAUGAUGUGUCGCAAGCCGCUAAGGGCGAUAGUUUUAACACAGUGCAUAAAUACUAUCACUCUGCUUGAAUCCUUUCCGUUAAAACAUAAAACUUAAAGUA